AUGAUUGUCAGAACAGGGCAAUCUGGCCAUGUCAACGACGCAAGGCUAUUCACAGAUAGCUCUCUCUACAUAAACAUGCUUUUUGACCAAGAUUACUACUUCCCCAACAAUACGGUCAUUCUUGCAGAUUCUGCAUUUCCAAUCAUGAAAAAUAUGCUCCCUCCAUAUCCCAUUACAACCGAAGACCCCAAGCAACAAGUGUUCAACAAGGCGUAUGCAAAAACAUGCCAUCACAUUGAAAAUGCAUUUGGCUUACUUGUACAGAAAUGGCAUUUUUUGUUGAGACACUUGUAUUUUUUGGCAAGGAACAUCUUGGAGGACACUCUUUGUACUUUCGAGAACCAAGUGCAUGGUUUUGAUGCGUACACAAAUGGAGGUGAUGAUAAUGACGUGGAGAUAGAAGUUGAGGAUCUUGAUCCAUUUAUGAACGAGAUACCUGUGGAUUUGGAGAAUGCUUCACGAACUGUGAAUCGUUCUGUGAGACAGCUCCAGUCUGCGCAUAAUCUUUCUCAAGAACACGGGAGACAGAGAAGAGAAAGAAUGAUGGAGGUCAUGAGACCAUUGACAGAGACCCAGACGAGAUGGUUUCAGGCUGACCUUCGAGAGCAGCAGAGGCAGCAAAGACGCCAAAAAAGACAAGACAGCCAGCUGAGAGCGAUCUCCAGAAGAGGGGGCAGAAGGAAUAAUGAUCAAUAUAACCAAUAA